AUGACUGCUCUUGUGGACGCUAGAGAAGUAGCGGAGGUACGACGGGUGCUGCUCUCGCUCGGUUACCAAAAUCCCUCUGCCGACGAUAUCGCUCUUACAUUGCAGCAGGUGAAGGAGGCACGUCGUCGCGAGGCCGAAGUGCAGCAGCAGCGGUCUUUUUCUCCCAUGAAACAGAAUGAAAGUUUCCGUCAGGUCUCCGCAUCUCCACCACGUGGAGCCAACGACGUGACCAUGGCUCCCGAUGAAAAUGAAAAUGUUGAAGUGGAGAGCGAAGAAGGGAAUCCACGACGAACCUCCACGUCGCAAAAGCAGUGGCCUGGAUUGUCUUCGCACUCCAUACGUGGAGGUCGCACAACGCCGAUGAACUCAACAGGGACUGGGAGACACCCUGGACGUGGUCGAGUUGCGGGAACUCAGCCCCAUCGAGAGUAUUGUUAUAGAGAGCCUUACCACAGUGAUGGAAGCGUCGUAGUGGAGAGAAAUGCACAGUCAAUGAGGAGGGAUCGUUCAGGCAGGCGUCGUAUGGAAACCAGUGAAACAUUUCAUUUGGGAGUUAGCAAUAAUGCUGGGACGAAAGAGACCAUUAUGGUACCAACAGCUGUUGGCACUGGAAGGUUCAUCGAUGCUGGUGGCCUACAUUACCCUGAUACAGGGUAUUUGAACCCACAAGCACGAUUGGGGCGCCACAUGAGACGAUACGAAAAGGGACUUAAGGCUGCAUACACGAGCAAAUACAAUGAUGAUCUACAAGACGAAACCGGGGAAGAAAGUGAUUCAUACGAUGAGGAAGAAGAGUCCUAUGAGGAGGGGUACACAGAGUUUGGUUCCCAUGAGGGGCGCGGUAGAAAUCUAGCCAUGUGCUACGAACGUCGGCCGCGCCAGCCACCGGUUACACCAGAGAUCCCGCUGCGCCCCAGUCGAGUAUUGCUCAAUCAACGGAAUGCAAAUAUCAUUUACAGCUUCACAGGUGAUAUUCGGUACAAGUACCGUGGGGGAUUGGGCGCGCCUUUAUGUGCUGUAUUGGGGCCAAACGGCUCAACGCUGCGGAAUCGGUCCGAUCCUGUUCGUCGUGGACAGCAGAUGCGGGAGAUUUGGAAGAAGGAUAAAUUCCUUGCACAACAGGGCCGCAAAGAGGACCGUUGGCGUGUACGCCAAAGCAUGCUGUCGUGGGAUCCCUCCUGA